AUGUUUACCGCAAAGAGCAAUGACAAAUUACCACCGACUCAUGAUAUUGAACGUGCAACGCGAGAACAAGAAGCUUUUCGAUCUAAAGAAAAGAUUGUAGAAGUUACUGGGGCACUUGGUGAAGGAAAAUUACCUACAACUUCACAAAUAAGCACUGUAAUUGAUGAAAUUCAUCAAUCAGAAGUACUACACGACGCAGCACGUGGUAUGUCAGUGUUGGGUAAAAAAAUAUCUGCAGAUUUGGAAAAUUUUUUAGAAGCUUUGAAAAUAUUCUUGAAAGAGAAAAAUCACGGGGAUGAAAUACAAAAUUUAGUUUAUCAUAGUAGUCGAGCAAUUAAUGAUAAUUUACCAUCCAGUGAAGAGAUUAAACAGGAAAUAAGUGAUAUAGCAACUACUAGUAAACCUUUACUCAGCGAAGGAGUAGAAAAGACGUUAAAUAUAUCACGAUUGUUAAUUUCAAGUUCAGAAUUUCGUAAAUUGGUUAAUGAUAUUAGCACAAUCGCUCAAGACAUAAUAGCCUCUGCAGUAAAUGAAGAACCAAAUCAAAAUAAUGAUAAUUAUGACAAAGAGAAAGGAAUUAAUGAAGCGGUUAUUGAAAUAGGUCAAAAAGCACGUGAACAAGUAUACCCUACUGUAAAAUCAACAGCUAAAAUAACUGAACCUUACAUUAAGGACGCUAGUGAAGGAAAAACCAGUGUACAGGAUUCUGCCAAAGAAGGAUUAAUGGCGAUAACCUCAAAUGUCAAAUCUGUUAUUUCCAGUUAUCAACUUUCGCCGAAAGCACGUGAACAGUUAAUUACACGCUUCAAAAAUGUGAUGAUCGAGUUGCAAUCCAAACCAGAAUAUCAAAAGGCCAUCCAUGAUUUAAUAAAUAUAGUUUCUCAAAUUACCGAGAAAUCAAGUGAAUUUGCCACUCAUGUCGUCCAACCUAUUAUUGAUGCCGCCACUGCUAGCAGCAGCACUUCCAUGGCAGAACAAAAUGCAAAGGAACUUGUAGAAAGAUUUGCAAAUAAUCGAUCAUUAGACCCAUUAAUUUCAGAAAUACAUGAAUUUGGACAAAAAAUAGAAAACGAUGAUGAUUUGCGCGAGUUUCUUAAAGAGCUUAAACAAUUUGUUCUUUCCUCAUUACUUGAAGCAAAAUUUAUUAAGAAUCCUAAUUAUGUUCAACAAGGAUUCGAGUUGAUUGAAAGAGGACGAAGAAUUUUAUUAGAUCAUUAUGGCGAAUUGACUCGAAAAAUCGUUAAUGAAGUUCUGGAAUUUAACAAAGCGAUGCUGGAGGAUAAAAAGACAUUGAAAUUAAAAAAUGAUAUCGAUAUCUUGAUUGAAGAUUUAUUCUUGAAUGAGUUGGGUCAUUUCACAAUUAAAUUUCAAUUGAUCAAAGAUUUCUCAAUUGUUUUACCUCGUCUUGCUAAAAAAUUGGAAUACAUUCCUUUACCAAGAUAUGAAUAUUUUGAUGAAAAUGUAGAAUUUAUUGCUGAUAAUAUCAUAGUUCAUUUAUAUGAAUUUCUCCCAAAACACAUUAAUAUUGGAUUAAAUGCUGAUAUAGAUGUGGAACGACCAGAAGAAGAUCGAGUUAUUAAUAUAAUCACAAUUGAAAUUUCUAAAUUUCAUAUUGAUGCACGUAAUAUUGCAUUUCUUUAUAAGAAAAAAUAUGGGCCUUUUAAAUUCAGAGAUUUUGGAUUUGUUGAUUUUUCAAUUCCACGAGAUGGUUAUGGACUAAAACUUAAUAUUAAAGCUAGAUUUACCAUCCCUACUGAUGGUAGUAAGCCAAUUUCAAUAAAACUUGAGCAAAGUGAUGUUCAUAUUAGUGAAUUAAAAUUAAGGUUCCAUGAUACUAAAUACAAGUUAUUAUAUAAAAUAUUUUUACCAUUCAUCGAAAGAAGUUUAAAAGGAUAUUUAGAAAAUGCAAUCACCGAAGCUUGUCAUCAAUUAGCAGAAAAAUUAGAAAAUCAAUUGAUAUUUGUUCAAGCGCAAAUGCAAAAAUAUCAUAAUUAUAACAAAACUGGUACUGGUGAAGGUCAAUCAGAAGAUAAAUUAAAACAAAAACAAGCUUGGAAAAGUGGUGCCUUUGAUCCAACACUUGGAGCUACGACUAGUGAUAACGACGAUAAAGUUGAUGACGACAAAAGCUACUGA